AUACGGAUUAGGAAUCCUGGAUUGUCUAACGUCAAUAUGACAGACAACACACUCGCACCAACCUUCACCAUGGGUUCCAAUCGGGGCGAAGUUGACCCCACAGAUCUGCCUUACCGUACACUGACGGCAGAUGCCAACAUUGAAGAGUACGUCCAGGAGACGCAGACCGGUGAGAUCGCCAAACCUGUUCGGACGGCCGAUGGUAGGACAGAAGACUACAAGCUGGUUACCUUCAAAGUCGACGACCCUGAAAAUCCCAAGAACUGGCCGAAAUGGAAGAAGUGGUACGUGACUAUGGUCGUGGCGUUUACCUGCUUCGUCGUCGCCUUCGCCAGUAGUGUUAUCACCGCCGACAUCGAAGGCCCCGCCGAGGAGUUUGGUGUCUCUCGUGAAGUCAGUCUCGUUGUGGUGACAGUGUUUGUUAUUGGAUUUGGUGUUGGUCCCAUGGCGUUUGCUCCCUUGUCUGAGAUGUAUGGACGGCGGCCCGUUUAUGCUCUCACUCUCCUGCUAGCCGUCGUCUUCGUCAUCCCAUGCGCCGUUGCCGAGAAUAUUGGAACCCUCAUCGUCUGUCGAGCCAUCGACGGUAUUGCAUUCAGUGCCCCCAUGACUCUGGUCGGCGGUACUCUUGCCGAUAUGUGGAGGAACGAGGAGCGUGGCGUCCCCAUGGCCGCGUUCUCGGCGAGUCCCUUCAUCGGCCCAGCUAUCGGCCCGCUAGCAGGAGGGUUCCUCGCCGACGCCUCGGGCUGGCGGUGGCUAUACUGGUUAACUCUGAUUCUCUCCUUUGUCGCCUGGGUGCUUAUCACCUUUACUGUCCCUGAGACCUCAGCGCCAGCCAUCCUAGCGAGACGCGCGAAGAAGCUCCGCAAAUCAGAGAACGAUCCAAAAUAUGUUACUGAGACUGAGCUGGACGCACGGCCGAUUGGUGAGAGACUCCGUGUCUUCCUCUUGCGCCCUUUCCAACUGCUCUUUCUCGAGCCCAUCGUCCUCUUUAUCUCGCUGUACAUGUCCGUCCUCUACGGUCUGCUGUACAUGUUCUUCGUCGCCUAUCCUAUAGUUUAUGAAGGUGGCAAGGGCUGGAGCGCCGGGACUACGGGUCUCAUGUUCAUCCCGCUUGCUAUCGGCGUUCUGUUGAGCGCCGCCUGUGCCCCAUUUGUGAACAACCACUACCUAUCUCUUUACUCAAAAUACGGCGGCAAGCCACCCGCGGAAUCUCGUCUCAUCCCAAUGAUGAUCUCCUGUUGGUUUAUUCCCAUCGGCCUGUUCAUCUUCGCUUGGACUUCGUACCCCAAUAUUCACUGGUUCGGUCCAAUGAUUGGCGGAUUCCCUGUUGGAUUCGGGUUUAUUUUCCUGUAUAACUCAGCUAACAACUAUCUUGUGGAUACAUACCAGCACCAAGCCGCCUCCGCCCUGGCAGCCAAGACCUUCAUCCGUUCGCUCUGGGGUGCCUCGACUGUUCUUUUCACGGAGCAGAUGUACGACCGGUUGGGCGAUCAAUGGGCCAGCUCUUUGCUUGCCUUCCUGGCCCUGGCCUGCUGUGCGAUUCCGUACGUAUUCUACGUCAAGGGCGCUGCCAUCCGGCGGUACUCAAGAUAUGCCUUUGCGGACGAUGAGGAGGCGCUUGCUACCAAGGCAUAA